CCGGCGAGAGGCAGGCUGGGAAGCGGCGCCAUAUUGGCGUCGGCCGCGCUGUAUUGUCAUAAAUAGAGCCGGUUUUGUGGUGUUUUCACUACUCGGUUGGAUGCCUCAGCCAUAGUAAGUGGGAAAGUGAGGGAGCAAGCGAGCUACAAGCGACCGGAGGAAAGUGAACAGGGGGAGAAGGGAACAGCAAGAACAGGACUCCAGAGCGAUAAACACUUGCUGGAGAGGGAGACGCAGGAAGCGAUGAAAGAGAUGUCUGCAAACACCGUGCUGGACAACCAGUGUCAACAAAAGCAUUAUGGAAUUACCUCUCCGAUUAGUUUGGCGUGUCCUAAAGAAAUUGAUCAUAUUUACACACAGAAAUUAAUUGACGCCAUGAAACCAUUUGGAGUGUUUGAAGAUGAGGAAGAAUUGAACCACAGGCUAGUGGUUCUUGGUAAAUUGAACAAUUUAGUAAAAGAAUGGAUUUCUGAUGUCAGUGAGAGUAAGAACCUCCCACCUUCUGUUGUGGCAACUGUUGGUGGUAAAAUUUUCACAUUUGGAUCCUAUAGGCUUGGAGUACACACCAAAGGAGCUGACAUUGAUGCACUUUGUGUAGCUCCAAGACAUGUGGAGAGAUCUGAUUUUUUUCAGUCUUUUUUUGAAAAAUUGAAACAUCAAGAUGGCAUUAGAAACUUAAGAGCUGUAGAAGAUGCCUUUGUACCUGUUAUAAAAUUUGAAUUUGAUGGUAUUGAAAUUGAUCUAGUCUUUGCAAGACUGGCAAUACAAACCAUAUCAGAUAAUUUAGAUCUAAGAGACGACUCUCGCCUGAGAAGCCUUGAUAUAAGGUGUAUUCGCAGCUUAAAUGGAUGUAGAGUUACGGAUGAAAUUUUGCAUUUAGUGCCAAAUAAAGAAACUUUUAGACUCACCCUAAGAGCUGUCAAAUUAUGGGCAAAACGUAAGUAUCCCUAGUCUUCUAUGUUUGCAUUAUAAAAUUCUAAUUUUCUCUUGCCAGUGUUAGAAGCACAUAUAGAAACUUUGAAUCUAAUGAUAUUGUUGGAGGUUGAGGGCCAAUAAACUCUGGAGUAGCUAUUUGUUUUUCGGGUACAAUGGUUAUGGGAAAAUGUACUUCUUAAACUUGAGGAAAUAUCAGUUAUUCUGCUUCUAAUUUCACAGGUAAAUCCAUCAGAUAGGUAUCAUCUCAUGCCCAUAAUCACCCCUGCCUACCCACAACAGAAUUCUACGUAUAAUGUGUCCACAUCAACUCGAACAGUAAUGGUAGAAGAAUUUAAACAAGGUCUUGCAGUCACAGAUGAAAUUCUCCAAGGCAAAUCAGAUUGGUCCAAACUACUUGAGCCACCAAAUUUCUUUCAAAAGUAUAGACAUUAUAUAGUAUUGACUGCCAGCGCAUCAACAGAAGAAAACCAUCUAGAGUGGGUUGGAUUAGUAGAAUCUAAAAUCCGUGUACUUGUUGGAAACUUAGAACGGAAUGAAUUUAUUACUCUUGCCCAUGUGAAUCCCCAGUCAUUCCCAGGGAAUAAGGAACAUCAUAAAGACAACAAUUACGUAUCAAUGUGGUUCCUUGGGAUAAUUUUUCGGAGAGUAGAAAAUGCAGAAAGUGUCAACAUAGACUUGACAUAUGAUAUACAGUCAUUUACUGAUACAGUAUACAGACAGGCAAACAAUAUAAAUAUGCUAAAGGAGGGAAUGAAAAUUGAAGCAACUCAUGUAAAGAAAAAACAACUUCACCACUACCUUCCUGCAGAAAUUCUUCAAAAGAAGAAAAAGCAAAGUCUCUCUGAUGUCAGUCGAAGCUCGAGCGGACUUCAGUCCAAAAGAUCAUCUCUGGAUAGCAGUUGUCUGGAUAGCUCCAGAGACACUGAUAAUGGAACACCUUUUAAUUCUCCAGCGUCCAAGUCUGAUAGCCCGUCUGUAGGAGAAACAGAAAGGAAUAGUGCUGAGCCUGCUGCUGUAAUUGUGGAGAAGCCACUGAGUGUACCACCAGCCCAAGGACUUUCCAUUCCGGUCAUUGGUGCAAAAGUUGACUCUACAGUAAAAGCUGUAUCACCCCCCGCUGUGUGUACCAUUCCUACCGUAGUAGGACGAAAUGUCAUUCCUAGAAUCACAACACCUCACAACCCUGCCCAGGGACAACCGCAUCUGAAUGGAAUGUCAAAUAUAACUAAGACUGUUACACCCAAGAGAGCCCAUUCCCCAUCCAUAGAUGGAACUCCUAAGAGGUUGAAAGACAUAGAAAAGUUUAUUCGACUUGAAUCAACAUUUAAGGAACCCCGUGCUGCUGAAGAAAGAAAAAGAAAAUCAGUGGAUGCCAUAGGAGGAGAAUCUAUGCCUAUUCCAACUAUUGAUACAUCACGCAAAAAGAGACUACCCAGUAAAGAACUACCAGAUUCAUCAUCUCCAGUUCCAGCAAAUAACAUCCGUGUCAUCAAAAAUUCCAUUCGACUGACCCUUAAUCGGUAAAAGCAGUGCCUCCUCACUUAAGUGAACAAAGCAGUCAUUUAGUGGCAUAGAUGCAGCCACUUGUUUUCAAAUAGAAGUGGCUGUCAUACGUGAAAUAAAGUGAACGUUACAGCCUUCAGCCUAAUAACCUUGAAGUGGUUUUUGAACUAUCACACUUUGACCUGCAGAUGCUGUAGCAUUCUCUCACUGAUUGCUACAUACACUUCUCUGAGGAUCACCUGCUGUCAAAUUGCCAUCUACAGUAUUACAGCUUUGCAUUUGGGGGUUUUACUGCCUUAACUUUCAAUGCUUGUUAUGGGAACCAGUUCUUAGCCACUUGGACACUGAUAACAAGUCCUGAACUCCUUUUUUUUUUUUUUUUUUUUGUUUUUUGGGGUUUUUUUGUUUUUUUUUUGUCUUAUGUUGUGAUCAUUGUAUAGAGCUAAAAAAAUUGAAAACAAACAAAAAAAUUAUCUUGUAUUUUCCAAAUGUUAAUACAUUUACUUUAGCAUUGAAGCCACUUUGUGAAACCUGAGAUAAAUGAAUGUGAGGUAUCUUUUCUGCUUUCCUCAUUUGUGUAGAUGUACUGUCUGUUCUGUUGAUUUAAAUUAUUUUUUUCCAGAUUGGCACAUGAAAUAUUUAAACUUUUUUGUGUGCCUUUCUAUCCAAAUGUUGCAUAGUUAGCAGGGAAGAUUAGUCCAGUGAUUACAGAAGAGUUGGGCACCAUAAAUUCUUUAUAUAUUGCCUCCCAUGGAGGCCUUUGAAAUGCAUCUUUAUUAAAAAUCAAAAUAUAACCAGGAUACUGAAAGUCAGUAUAUGAAUGGUAAAAUUGUUACAUAUCCUAUUUCAUGCCAUUCUUGUUAGUUGACUGGUGUUUUUUACUGAGGAGCAACUCAUUCCAGCAUCAACAAUAAGAUACCUUUAAGUAUGGCAAACUUGUAUUUUUGAGGUGUAAAAUUAACUUGGCAUGAUAAUUCCUGACCAUUAUUUAUGCCACAACUUCAAAUAGUUUCUUCACGGACUAGGCAUGCAGAAAUAAGCAGUGGAUUUUAUUGAAACCUAAAGGCAUUUUGAAUGACAUUGUUACCAACCAUUAAUUGGCUCAGGACCUUUGUAAUUUUUAUUUAACUAUAUGAGUUGUCUUUUUUUACGCUGCUUUUUUCAAUGCAUUUCUUAAUAUUUUUUAAGUUUCAUGAAUGCAUGCUCAGUUUAUUAAAAUCCAUAACCAUGUAAUUCUUGUAAUAUGUUGAUUCAGUGUUUUGUAAAUGAAGUCGUAUGUAUUUUCAGAGUAUUUUUGUAUGUACUGUAAGAUACCAUCUUUUCAAAGAGAAACGUUUAAAACCUUUA